GUAGUUGUUCUUUGCGCCCUUGUGGCCUUUGUCUCCGCUGCCGAAGUACAAAUGGGCCAUUUCGAACCCCAAGAUAUUUAUGCUGAACCCAAUUGUGCCAUUGUCAAGGAUCACAGCCGCAUGUUCCGUGAUAUUUCAGAUCCCACCCACUAUUGGAUUUGCCCCGAGGGUCAAGCCAAGGCUUCCUAUAUUCAAUGUCCACCAAAUGAGGCCUUCAUGGAAAAACCACAAAAGUGUGUCCCAUGGGAAGAAUGGAAGUGGGUUGAACCUUACACUAAAUAAGU